AUGAGUCAUCCGGAUAAUAAUGCAAGUGAUAAUGUUAAUCCUACUGAGAAUAAUGAAAUCGAGAUAGAUGAUCAUGCACCAUUAUGGAAGUAUGUUAAAAGGCUUGACAAGUUAGGAAAAGGAGGAGGAUAUACUAUGUUUGAAUGCAAUUAUUGUCAUAAUACUUACAAAGGCUCGUACUCUAGAGUCAAGUUUCAUUUGUUGAAAAUGUCGGGCAAUGGGAUUGCACCUUGCAAAAAGGUUACUGAUGAAGUUUUUGCAGAAAGGAAAAAACUUGUGAGAGAAUGUGAACACCGGUUGAAAAGUGCAGCUCCAAGACAAGUGUCUUUGCCUAAUACUGGUUCUUUACUUUGUUCUUCUGUGUCUAAUGUUGAGCAAAAGAAGAGAAAGGGAAUGAAUGGGCCCCUUGAUAGAGCUUUUCAAAAUGAGGCUAGAGAACAAUGUAAUGCUAAAGUUGCAAGGAUGUUUUAUACAGGUGGAUUGUCCUUCCACCUAGCAAGGAAUCCACAUUAUCGAAACUCCUAUUUUCGUGCUUCUACGCUUCCAGGAUAUGUUCCACCAGGUUACAAUGCACUAAGAACUACUCUUUCGCAACAAGAGAAGAGGCACAUUGAGCGAUGUUUACAACCAAUCAAGAGUACAUGGAGCACUAAAGGUGUAAGUGUGUGUAAUGAUGGGUGGACAGAUUCACAAAGAAGACCACUUAUUAACAUUAUGGCAACUUGUGAGAGCAGGCCUACGUUCUUGAAGGGAAUUAAUUGUGACGGAGAGUACAAGGAUAAACAUUGUAUUGCCAACUUUCUUAUUGACUCCAUUAAGGAAAUUGGUUAUCAAAAUGUGGUUCAAGUAAUCACUGACAAUGCGCCAGUUUGUAGAGCUGCUGGAUUACUUGUUGAGGCUAGAUAUCCCAAAAUCCUUUGGACACCAUGUGUGGUUCACACUCUUAAUCUUGCUUUGAAGAGCAUAUGUUCACCAAAACAAAAUGACGAUUGGUAUGAUAAAUGUAGUUGGAUUUCAGAGAUUGCUGCUAAUGUUGGGUUCAUAAAAUUUUUUAUUGUGAACCAUAAUAUGAGAUUGACUAUGUAUAAGGACCACUGCAAAUUGAAGCUGCUCUUCAUUGAUGAAACAAGGUUUGCAUCUACACUUGUGAUGAUUAGAAGAUUUAAGGAAGUCAAGGAAGGUCUAGAACAAAUGGUAAUUAGUCCAAACUGGUCUUUAUAUAAAGAGGAUGAUGUUGGCAAAGCAAAGAUAAACCUUCUCUUCAAUGAGUUGUGGGAUACCAUGAUAGAGAAGGUGAAGGCAGCUAUCUAUAGGAAAGAGCACAAGCAACUGCAUGAACAAAGCGACUUUUUGAAUGUGGUGUAUCACAUUAUACUGGAGCGAUUGACUAAGAGUAGCACACCACUUCAUUGCUUGGCACAUUCUUUAAAUCCUAAGUUUUAUAGUCCAGAAUGGCUGCAAGAGGAUCCUAGUCGUGUUGCUCCACACCAAGAUGCCGAGAUUACAAGGGAAAGAAAAAAUUAUCUUGAGAAAUACUUUUCAGAUGACCGGGCUAGAAGAGAUAUUAAUGUGGAGUAUGCCUCUUUUUCAAUGUGCUUAGAUGACUUUGGAGCUAUUGAUGCUAUGAAUGAUAGGUUUCACAUGGAACCAAUGGUGUGGUGGAUUGUUCAUGGAUCUUCAACACCAAAUCUCCAAUCCAUAGCUUUGAAGCUACUUGGAAAACCUUGUUCCUCCUCGUGUUGUGAAAGAAAUUGGAGUACAUAUAGUUUCAUUCAUUCUUUAAGAAGAAAUAAGUUAACACCCCAAAGAGCUGAAGACUUGGUAUUUGUGCAUAAUAAUCUUCGUCUUUUAUCAAGGAAGAGCCCAAGCUACAAAGAAGGUGUUACUCAAAUGUGGGAUAUUGGAGGAGAUGGAUUUGAUAAUUUGGGUGAAGAAGGUGUUGGGAUGCUUGAAAUUGCUAACCUUUCUCUAGAUGAACCAUCAUUGGAGGUUGCUUUAUUUACCGGAGAAGACAUUACAAAUAUUGUAGUUGAUUGA